AUGCAUUUUCUCCUCCUCGGCGCUACAGGAAGGACAGGCCAACACGUCGUUUCCGAAAUACUCUCUCAGGGCCACACGGCUGUUACCCUCGUAUGUAGCUUUGCGAACAUAACUUCUCGUCCUGGCCUCACGGUCGUCACCGGCUCGCCACUUUCAAAACCAGACAUAAACAGAGCUCUCCUGGCAACACCCUCUCAACCAAUAUCUGCUGCAAUCACCACACUGAAUACAGUCCGCGAGUCCGACAGCCCUUUCGCAGCUCAAGUCUCACCUCCUUGCUUCCUAGCUGACUCAUGUGCCAAUAUCUGCGAGGUGCUGGAGCAAGCCGGUUGUCAUCGUAUCGUGGUGAUGUCGACGGCAGGCGUCGGAGAUUCGUGGGGCAGAUUACCCAUUUUGAGCAAGGCAUUCAUGAGAUGGACCAAUAUCAAAUAUGCUCUUGAAGAUCACGGGCUUGUUGACAAGGAGACUCGGUUGACGAAGUUGGACUGGACUCUUAUUAGGACUGCGAGGCUCCAAUUCGACGAGGAGAAGUCGGCCCAGAUUACGGAGGUGAGAACGCUAGGGAGUAAUGGUGAGGGAAUGAGCAUGUCUGAUAGCGUGAGUGUUACUGCUGUGGUAAGGUUCCUAGUUAAGGUCGCUGUUGAGGGACUUUUCAUCAAGAGCGCUGUGGUUGUGACGAAUUGA